UCUCUCUCUCUCUCCCCCUUUCCUGCUCUUUUUUUUCUUUCUGUUAACUUUUAUUCACCAAACAUAGUUUUUUUUUUCAUCAUACCAAACUUCUCUCUCUCAAUCUCUCUGUUUUCCCAUUAAUGCAAUCAAUUUGAACUCAUAACCAUUCACCCAUUCCACCCAACCAUCACUUGCUCUGUUUUUAAACAAUCAUUUUGGUUUCUUUUUAUGUUCAUUGCACACAAGAAUUCCAGAGCUUCUCUGCUAAAUCCUUAACUGUAAUUUUUUUUUUUUUUGUUAUUUACUCAAAUUUAAGCUGAAAAUUCAUUAUGGAGAGUGAGUUCUUUCUCAAUGCAGGAGUUCCUCCACCGCCAUUGCAUUUUGUGCCAACCUCAACAAUACCCACUUGGCCUACUCUCUCUUCUGCCAUUGAAACGCAAACUAAUGAACUCAAUUCCUUUUCUGAACAAACCCCAAAUUCCUUCUUCAAUGCCAACUGGGAAAAGUCAACGGAUCAAUCUCUUCACUUUGACUCUGCUCUGAGUUCAAUGGUUUCAUCACCGGCGGCGUCCAACUCGAACAUAUCAAGCGACAACUUUAUGAUCAGAGAAUUAAUCGGGAAAUUAGGGAAUAUUGGUAACGGCAACAACUCCGGCGAGAUCUCACCGCAUUCUCAGCCUAUGUUGGCAGCUUCAUAUAAUAUUAAUAAUGGCGGCAAUAACAGCACCAACACUUCUUGUUAUAGUACUCCUUUAAAUUCACCGCCUAAGUUGAAUCGAUUUCCUCCUAAGGAGAGUUUGAAUUUCCCUAAUUUGGGAGCUUUGAAUUCUAGCGUAGCGGAAUUUACAGCUGAUCCUGGAUUUGCAGAAAGAGCAGCAAGAUUUUCUUGUUUUGGUAGCAGGAGUUUUAAUGGCAGAACAAGCCAGUUAGGGUUAAAUAAUGCAGAAUUUGCUUUUAAAUGUAAUAAUCAUCCAAACCCAUUGAUGGGAAAUGGGAAAUUGCCUAGGGUUUCAAGUAGUCCCUCACUCAAAGCAAUUGGAUCUCAGAAGGGGAAUAAGAAUUAUUCUUCUUCUCCACUGUUUGAUCGAUCUGAAUUGGGUAAUUCUUCCCAAGAGGAGAAUUGUUCCUCUGUAUCUGAACAAACCCCAAAUGCUGAAGCUGCCACUUUGAAGGUUCCCAAUGAAUUAAAUUCCAAGAAAAGGAAAUCUGUUUCCAAGGGAAAGUUAAAAGAAUCUCAACCAGCCAAUGCUUCAAAGGAUGCAGAAAUCGAUGAGACUUCAAAUUCAAAGCGAAGCAAGUCAAAUGAAGGGAGUGGAAAUGAAAAGAGCUCAGUUAAAGCAGAAGAAGAGCAGAAAGAUGAGAAGCAAAAUAAGGAUAAUAAUAAUUCAAAGCCACCUGAACCUCCAAAGGACUAUAUUCAUGUUCGAGCAAGAAGAGGUCAAGCUACUGAUAGUCACAGUUUAGCUGAAAGAGUCCGUCGAGAAAAAAUUAGUGAAAGAAUGAAGCUUCUGCAAGAUCUUGUACCAGGUUGCAAUAAGGUCACGGGAAAGGCUCUAAUGCUUGAUGAAAUUAUAAAUUAUGUCCAGUCAUUGCAACGCCAAGUGGAGUUUCUCUCCAUGAAGUUGGCUUCUGUAAAUACCAGGCUGGAUUUCAAUAUGGACACUCUCAUUCCAAAAGAUAUUUUUCAAUCCCCAAUAUUCCCAUUAGAUUCCUCGGCACCAGCCAUAUUUGGCCACCAACCGCAGCAAAAUCCACCAUUACAUAGCAACAUUUCUAAUGGGACAGUACCUCAAUGCUCUGUAGGGGACCCAUUAGAUACUGCUCUAUGCCAAAACUUCAAUAUGCACUUACCCCCACUUGACCCAUUUAACCAUACCAUUCCUCAGUAUCCAACAUUCUCUGAGGAUGAUCUACAAACCAUUGUUCAAAUGGGUUUCAGGCAGAAUCCGAAUUCGAACCAGGAAUUACCAUUGCAGCCACAGAACUUCCCUGGUUCAAGUCAAGCUUCUCAUAUGAAAAUUGAGCCCUAAUUACCAUUCUUUACUCCCAAAUUGAAGGUCCAGGUGGACAGGGGGGAAAAGGGAAAAUGAGGAUAUUGUAUAUACAAGAAAAUUAAUUUGGACCAGCAAAUCAACUGCUAAGCCAUUUAUCUUUUAGGUUAAUUAAGAAGAUAAUAUUUUUUUUUCCUUGGUCUUAAUAUAUAUAUUUUUUCCUAUCAAGGAGCUUUCCCCUUCUUUUACCUAUUUUCUUGUGGAAUUUUCUUGCAAUUAUCCACUGUAAAAUCUUAUAGCACCAAUCAUGUACUCUGCUGCAAAGUAUUGUAGCACCAAUUAUGUAAGAUAUAAUGAAGAAUUUUUAUUUUUAUAUUGAUUAUGAUUAA